UUGCGCGCAGGCACUCGAAGCUCUCCCGGAGGCGUAAUGGAGCCGUCUGCUGCGAAGGGCCAGCAGCAGCAGCAGCAGCAGCAGCAGCAGCCCGCGUCGGCCGACGCCGAUGCCGAGGCCCGCGGCGUUUUGGACAACGCCAAGGUUGCCGCCCUCGCCAUCGGCCUCGACCAGGCGAGGGCCGGCCUCGGGAAAAUCACCAUGGAGCUCCAGUCGAUCCAGGGCCAGAUGGCGCAGCUCGGGGCGAUGAUGUCGCGACAGGCGGCGCACAGCGAGCAGCUCGAGUCGCGCCUCGCUCGCCUCGAGUCUGCUGCAGCGGCGCCGCAGUGGGCCGCCUCAUACUCGCAGCAGCAGCUGCCGUGGGGCGCGCUCGCCGCCGACAACCUCCAUCAAUCAGUCCGCUGAGGAGUCAAGGUGAGUGAGCUCGCUCCUCCUAGGCGGCUCCGCCGUCUACCUGCCGCAGCAGUCGCCGCGCUCUUUCCAGCCGCCGCAGUACUCUCCCCACCCGCAGACUGCGUACGUGAUGCAGCCGCAGCCGCUGCAGCCGCAACCCCAGCUCCUCGUGCAGCAAGGAGGAGGCGGGUCGCCGACCUUCCACCGCCCCCCCGCCGCCCCCCCGGUCCCGGCGUUCUCGCCGCCGAUGCAGUCGGGCGCCGUCUGCUGUGCCCACCAGCCGGCCAGCGCCCCCCCUACGGCGAGCAGCCGAGGCGGCGGCGCGUACAACGGCGGCAUCGUCCAGCCUGUCGCUCUCCCGAGCUCCGCCAGCGCCGUUGUCCCCGGCAUCAUCGGCCACCACGCGGAGCCGCGCGUGCAGGGUUCGCUGCCGCCGAACCGCGGGCCGUCCUCCAGCAAGGCUUCCCCCGCAAGCCGCAGCGGCAGCAGCGCGCAGCCCGCAGCAGCGCAUAUGCCAACCAAGCCGACGAUGCCCGCCCAAACGACCCUCGUCGCGCCACUUCCGUCGUCGCCCGUCGCGGCGGCGCCGGGCGCCGCACAGCAGCAGCAGCAGCAGCAGCAGCAGCAGCAGCAGCAGCAGCCGCAAUCGGCGGGGGUGCCGCAGCGGGCGGUGUUAGCGUCGUGCUUCCCUCUGAGCCGCUCGUCCGCCUUGUUCGUGUCGCCGUUGCUGAAGGCUGGAGGGGCGGAGGCAGCGGAGGGGCCAGCGGCGCCGCUGCUUGCGGAGGCGGGUGCGCCACUCGCGCCAGCCUCCGCCGCGUCCGAGCCGGCGCCGAUGGAGAUUUCGUCAACUGAGCCAGCGGCCCCGAUGGAGGUGGUGCUUGUGCCGCCACGCGUUGCCGUCCCGGCAGUGACCGCUGGAGCCACAGCGGCAGCGGCGUCGGCGGCCGCCGCGGCGGCGGCGGCGGCAGCGGCAGCGGCAAAACCGGCGGCGGUGCCUCCAGCUCCGCCAAAGUGUGGCGUCCCAAUAACCGCAGACGCUGGAGCCACAGCGGCAGCGGCGUCGGCGGCCGCCGCGGCGGCGGCGGCGGCAGCGGCAGCGGCAAAACCGGCGGCGGUGCCUCCAGCUCCGCCAAAGUGUGGCGUCCCAAUAACCGCAGACGCUGGAGCCGCAGCGGCAGCGGCGGCGGCGGCGGCGGCGGCAGCGGCGGCGGCGGCGGUUCCGCCACAAAGUGGCGUCCCGAUUGCAGACUCUGGAGCCGCGGCGGCGGCGGCGGCGGCGGCGGCGGCGGCGGCGGCGGCGGCGGCGGCGGCGACUGCGACGGCGCGUUCGAGCCUCGACGUGCUGGCGUGCGCGGCGGGCGAGCCGUCCCCGAAGCGGCAGACGCCAGGAGCGAGACGCGGCGGCAGCGGUGCCGCGGAGCCCGCGAUCGGCGCCUCUUGAUUGGGGCUGGCUGUGAACAGGAGCGACGCUUGCCAGCGACGACGAGGAGGGGAUCUCCGCCGCGCCGACGCACAAGGCGUGCCGGACAGAGCGCGAGGUUGCGACGGCAGCUUGCUACGGCUGGGAGCAAGGCGCGCGCUUCCGCGGCGACGAGUCGUCGACGGGCGACGAGAGCAACGGCGACAGCGCGGCGGGUUGCUGAGCUCUGCUGCAGUCCGCUUGCGUGUGCGGGGCCGGCGGUUCCGUGGCCGCAGCGCCGCGGACUUUCUUUGACCCCGCACAUAGGUCUUUUUCCCUUUUUCCCCCAGAGCACCAGAGAGUGGUGAGAACGCUGCGGCCUCGCGCUCGCUGCCAUGAGAAUCCUCCUUUGAGCAUGCGUGGGGUGCUUUGUGGGUGGUUCGUGUUCUAUGACCCCACAAAUCUAGACUCAA